UACAUUUCAGGAAUCCAACCAAUGAUGGUCAACCAAACAAUCGUGAAGGAAUUCAUUCUUGUAGGCUUCUCUGUUUACCCACAUGUACAGACUUGUCUCUUUGUGGUCUUCUUUUGCCUGUAUAUGGUCACUCUUGCAGGCAACCUGGCCAUCAUGGGUUUGACUUGGGUGGUCAGAUCUCUCCACACUCCUAUGUACUUCUUCCUCAGUGCACUAUCCUUCUCUGAGACGUGCUAUACCCUGACUAUCAUCCCUAAGAUGCUGGUCGAUCUGUUAGACAAGGACAACCGCAUUUCGGUCACAGGUUGUGGCUUGCAGAUGUGUUUCUUCCUGGGUCUUGGAGGAACAAACUGUAUCCUUCUCACUUUGAUGGGAUAUGACCGAUUUCUGGCCAUCUGCAACCCCCUCAGAUAUCCUCUUCUAAUGACCAAUGUUGCAUGUGGACAACUUGUGGCCUCUGCCUGGAUUGGAGGCUUCUUUAUUUCUCUAAUUGAGACAUCACUGAUAUUCAGGGUGUCUUUCUGCAUCCCUAACCUCAUCAGACAUUUCUUUUGCCAUAUGAGGGCAGUUCUGAGGCUGUCCUGCACAGACAGUAACUUCACAGAAUUCAUUGUAACACUCAUGUCAGUGUCUGGUUUGCUGGGUACAUUCUUGCUCAUCCUCCUGACUUAUGUGUUCAUCCUUUCUUCUGUUCUCAAGAUCCCCUCAGCUGAGGGUAAACAAAAGGCAUUUUCUACCUGUGCCUCACACCUCACUGUGGUCAUCAUCCACUUUGGUUUUGCAUCUGUUGUUUAUAUGAAGCCAGAAAACUCCGGGGGAGACGACACACUCAUAGCAGUUCCAUAUACUGUCAUUACCCCUUUCCUCAGUCCCAUCAUAUUCACACUCAGGAAUAAAGAUAUGAAGAAUGCUUUUAGAAAGAUCAUGAGAAAGACAGUAGUCUUGAAAAAAUAA